ACACGACCAUAUCAGACAGCGAGAAAAGCGGGAUUGUACUGCGUUUAAGCGGUUUCUGCGUGAGGCUACGGAAGAGCCGCUUCAAGUUUCUGAACAUCUGGGCAGAGAUGUAACAGUUUCCUGGCAUUGGCGUUGUGUUUUUGUUGCGUUUGUUGUAUUUGUUGUGGGGACCUCCCUAAAGCUUCAACUCAGGAACUCUGACAUUCCCUGUCUUGGCAGCUACACUGUUUUCCUUUUGCCGCAUGUGCAGAAAAUGGCAACUGCUCUCAGUGGACGCCCACCUAACAAUCGGAAAGGCCGUAUUUUAGGCAUUAUUGACGCCAUCCAGGACGCUGUCGGACCCCCCAAGCAGGCGGCCGCGGACCGCCGGACCGUAGAGAAGACAUGGAAACUCAUGGACAAAGUAGUGAGGUUAUGUCAGAACCCCAGACUACAGCUGAAGAACAGUCCUCCGUACAUCCUGGAUAUUUUACCUGACACUUACCAGCACCUGAGGCUGAUUCUGUGCAAAUAUGAAGAGAACCAGAGACUUACUCAGCUAAGUGAGAAUGACUUUUUCAAAGUGUACAUCGACAGCCUGAUGAAGAAAUCCAAAAGAGCAAUCCGCCUCUUUAAGGAAGCCAAGGAGAGAAUGUAUGAAGAACAGUCACAAGACAGACGGAACCUCACCAAGCUCUCGCUGAUCUUCAGUCACAUGUUGGCUGAGAUCAAAGCCAUCUUUCCAGGUGGACAGUUCCAAGGAGACACAUUCCGCAUUACCAAGGCCGACGCCGCCGAUUUUUGGAGAAGGUCUUUUGGCGAAAAAACAAUAGUGCCAUGGAAAAUGUUCCGGCAGUGCCUUCACGACGUGCACCCCAUCAGCUCCGGGUUGGAGGCCAUGGCUCUGAAAUCCACCAUCGACCUCACCUGCAACGACUACAUCUCCGUCUUUGAGUUCGACAUCUUUACUCGUCUUUUUCAGCCGUGGGGCUCAAUCCUGAGGAACUGGAAUUUCCUGGCAGUCACGCACCCAGGCUACAUGGCCUUUCUGACGUAUGAUGAAGUAAAGGCACGCCUGCAGAAGUACAUCAACAAACCUGGCAGCUACAUCUUCAGGCUGAGCUGUACGCGGUUAGGACAGUGGGCCAUUGGCUACGUCACCAGUGAUGGCAACAUCCUGCAGACCAUCCCACAUAACAAGCCGCUGUUCCAGGCACUUAUUGAUGGAUGCAGAGAAGGCUUUUAUCUGUUUCCAGAUGGGCGCAGUUAUAACCCAGAUCUCACAGGCCUGUGUGAACCCACCCCACAAGACCACAUUAAGGUCACACAGGAGCAGUAUGAGUUGUACUGUGAGAUGGGCUCCACGUUUCAGCUGUGUAAGAUCUGUGCCGAAAAUGAUAAAGAUGUUAAGAUAGAGCCAUGUGGUCACCUCAUGUGCACUUCCUGUUUGACAUCAUGGCAGGAUUCUGAUGGUCAGGGCUGCCCGUUCUGUCGCUGUGAGAUCAAAGGAACCGAGCCCAUUAUUGUUGAUCCGUUUGACCCACGCAACGUAGGAGCCAAGUGCUUCUUCCUGGACCACUUCAACUCCCCCAUGCUGGACCUGGAUGAUGAUGAUGACAAAGAGGAAUUGCUGGUUAUAGACCAUAUCAAGAAGUCCAUGGAGAUCCAGAACUCGCCAAUAAUGUCUCCGAACUCAUCCCCUGUGUGUGAACACCGGAAAACCGCUGCAGAUCACAUGGGUCCUCACUUGAACAUUCCACCCGUACCGCCCCGCCUUGAUUUCAUCCGUUCUCCCGCUCCUAGUCCCACAGGCUCACCCAAGUCAUCUCCAGGCAUGUCCAGAAAACAGGAUAAACCCCUUCCUGCCCCUCCACCUCCACAGAGAGACCCUCUUCCCCCACCUCCGCCAGAACGCCCACCUCAUAUCCCUCAAGAAGGCCGGGCCACCUGGCUUGUCACCCCUUCGCCUGGCCUCCCCAGGGACCCCAGAGCGCCCCUGGAGGCCUGGAGCCCUAAAGACAGCCCUGCUUUGUCAGAUUGCAAGACGUCUGCUGCAGACCGCUCCCCCAAACUGGCCCACGCCACCCCUGUGCACAUCAACGGAAGACCCCUCAGCUGCUCCGGUGCAGACUUGGGGUUAAACUGGAUCAGCCACAGACUGAACGCGCAGUCGGAGUGUAGUAAGUCUUUCAUCAACGGCCUGUUACCUGGUGAUGAGUAUGACAUCCCCCCUCUGCGUCACUCCCCUCCCCUUGUGGACCACAACCAGAGACACACCAACCCCUUCACAAGCCACCGGAGUCUGACGGACAGAGUGGAGGACGAGUAUCAGAUUCCCACAUCACAUCCCGUCUGCAUCACACAACCUCCCAUCUGCAUCCCCUUCCGCAUCCCCAACAGAGCUUUAGAAAAUGGCUCGUCAGAUCUCUCAACAGACAUAAAGAAACAUAAACCUCCAGAGCAUGGUGGGUUUGACUCUGGUUCGUUGAUUUCGGGUGUGGCUCACACCACACAGUGCCCCCUCAACAACAGGACACCCUCAGACUACGACAUUCUACUGCCCCCUCAAGCAUCUCCAAUGGAAGACCCGUUCAACUCUCUUCCUCCGUCCCAGCCUCCUCCCCCUCCCCCCAUCAGGAACAGUUUCACAGAACCCUCCUCCUCCUCACCCUACCCCAGACCUGCCCGCCCCUCGUCUGGACACGAUCACUUCCUGCUCAGCCCUGACACUUUCAUAGACGCAUUGAAUAACUCGGCUCCCAGUCCCCCUGUGCGGAGACUAACAGGAGACAACAUGAAGAAGCCAUUCAGGGCUCCGCAAGACUACGAUCAACUGCCACCAACCUCAGUGGCCGGAGAUUGCAUCAGGGCACCUGAGAGACCUCCAAAGCCACUUCCCAGGAUCAUCCCACCAGACAUCCACAGAAGACCGCACGAAUCGUCCCGGGAGAACCUCGACGCCAAGAUCGCCAAGCUUAUGGGGGAGGGCUACUCAUUUGAAGACGUAAAACGAGCACUGAUGAUCGCACAGAACAAAGUGGACGUGGCACGGAACAUUUUGCGGGAGUUUGCGCUAGUCGCCCCCAGGCAGGGCCUGUAGCCCGUGUCGAAAUGAUUUCAAACUAACUACGACUGUCUCGAAGCGUACAAACCGCAGGCUGACUUCCGCUUGCUUUCGUUUAGCACAUACUGCAAACGAGACGAAAACGUGUGCUUUUUCACCAAAAGGAGCCUAAUGGAGGGGUGCGUUUGUAACAAUGGGAUCCUGUGAAAAAAAAAAAAAAAGCCUUGUGUUUACAGUGACAUGGCUUAUAUCUGCAGCACUCAGGUCAUCGUCAUUUCAGCUCGGGCUGUUCAAGAGAGGAACUGAAAUUGAAUUUUUCGUAUUUGGAGGAGUCCAUCCACAUUUUAAGAUGGAUUUGCUGCAUCCUUCAAAGCAGUGACGUUUGUAUUUCUCUCAAAUUUUCUGGACUGAAAUGAGAACAGCUCUGAGCGCUUCUGUUUUUGUUGCCAGUGUCUGCAGGUUGUUCAUGCCUUUCCUGCCACUGCUGCUGCCGCACACACACGUAUUACACACGUCCAGCCGCUCCUUCCUCGC